AUGUCUGCCAACAACGACGACUCUUCCACUCUCGGUUCCUACGUGAACGCCGCCACUGGUGCUGCCCAGCGUGCCUACGGUGCCAUCACUGGUGAUUCCUCUUAUCAGAACGAGGGCGAAGCUACCCAGAACCAGGCCAAGGCUCAACACGAGAACUCCCACACUACCGCCAAGCUGGGUCCGAUCUCCGCUGACCCCAACACCGGUGCCACCGCCAAGGAUAACGAGAACCGCUCGACCGGCUCGUGGGAUCAGACCAUCGGCUCGACCAAGGAGGCCGUUGGCAACAUGAUUGGCAACGAUAACCUGCGCCGCACGGGUGCUGAGCAGAACGCCGCUGGCAAGGAGGAGGAGGCCAAGGGCCAGCUGCAGGACUGGGGCGAGGGUAUCCAGAACCGCGCUCAGGGUGCUAUCGGUUCCGUCGGCGCCGCCAUCAGCGGAGACCGCGCGGAGGAGCAGAAGUUCCGCGAUAUGCACGACGAGGGCAAGGUCCGCCAGCGCGGUGCUGAGGUCGACAUGGCCAAGAAGCAGGGCGCCUAA